AUGGUGGAUUUGAUCAUAAGUGACCCUCAGGCUACAGGAGCUACAUCUACAUCUACAUCUGUGGCUCGUGAAGUUGUGAUUGUUCAAAAUGUAACAGAUAACUCAAGCUUUGGCGUCAAGCUUGAUGGCACAAAUUAUCAGUUAUGGCACAAACUUAUGAAGAUCCACAUUCAAGGAAUUGGAAAGUGGAGUUAUGUUAUUGGUAGCACUGCAAGACCUGCUGCAGGACCAAAAGCUGAUGAAUGGGACACGGCAAAUACUAACGUGAUGGGAAUUCUUCUAAAAGCAAUGACUCCAGAGGUAAUGCAGUUAUUUGCUAAUUUUGAUUCUCCCAGAGCAAUUUGGGACUCUGUUGCUGCUACUUAUUAUGAUGGAAGUGACUUUGCCCGUGUUCAUGAAUUAAAUGUCAAAGCUUUCAAAAUAACUCAAAGUGGACAGCCUGUUGCAACAUUUUAUGCAAAUUUGAAGACAAUCUGGCAGGAGCUUGAUCAGAGAAAUCCUAAUCCUAUGACUUGUGAAGCAGACAUCACUACUUACAGGAGUGAGCAAGAUAAGAUGCGUGUUCAUGUCUUUCUUGCUGGUCUCGAUCCUCAUUUCGAAGGGGCAAAGAAUGAGUUAUUGCGUCUUGCAACUCCUCCAACGUUGGAGCAAGCCUUUGCUUAUAUUCGAAAAGAUGAAGCCAACAAAGUUGCUGCCAAGGGUCUUCAUACUGACAUUUCAGUUUUAGCAGUCCAGGCUAGAUCACCUCAAUCUUUGUCUCCUCAGUAUGGGAGUUCAUCUCAUGUUCCAUCUCUAAGUCACUAUCGACCUCAGAGUCAGGUGUACCAACAGAAUAAGAAUUAUAGCCGAGGGCUGGCUCCGGUUAAUAACCAAAUGACUUGCAACUAUUGUAAGGAAGUUGGUCAUUUCAAGAAUGAAUGCCCUAAGCUGCGAAGGUUUAAUUCUAACAAUUCCGGUUGGAGAGGAGGAAGUAAUACUGGAGGAAGUAGAGGUCAGAGAGGCAAAGCAGCAAUCCAAAUGGUGCCAGAACCUGAUUUCUAUGGUGUCGAAGGGCAAGACCUCUCUAAGGGUAAUGUUUCCUUGACUAAGGAAACUCGAGAAUCUAUGCAAUCGGGUGAUCAUGGGCAAGGGAGACCUGAGGGGGAGACUGUUUCAUUUGGAUUGCAUGUACGCAGGACAAACACAAGAACCAGAACAACCUUUAGCCCUGACAUCGAGUUCUGAUCGACUGAGUGAGUUAUGGUUGUGGCACAGGCGUUUGGGUCACCCAUCUUUUGGAGUUAUGAAGAAGUCCAUGCCUUCGUUAUUUUUGGGAAUAAGUGAUUCUAGCUUGCAUUGUGAAACUUGUGCUUUGGCUAAGAGUCAUAGGUCUAGUUAUCCUUCGAGCUUUCAUUCUAGUACUAUGCCUUUUGAGUUAAUUCAUUCAGACGUGUGGGGUCCUUCUAAACAUUCUACCCUUUCUGGAAUGCGAUAUUUUGUGUUAUUCAUCGAUGACUUUACCCGAUUAUCUUGGGUGGUUCUACUUAAGUCCAAAGAUUCUGUCUUCUCUGCCUUUACAGCAUUUCAUAGUCUUGUUCGUACUCAAUAUGAUGCUCAUGUUAAGGUUUUUCGUUCUGAUAAUGGGGGUGAGUUUAUUAAUCAUUCUUUUCAUGAAUAUUUCCAACACCAUGGCA